AUGCAAAUUUUUGAGGAUAAUGGCCGAGUUAUCAACUUCAGCUCAAUCAAUGACUCACUGUUCCUACAUAAUCUUUGUUCUUUUAGUAAUUGCACUUCAGAAGAAGAAGGAAGUUGCAUUUACUACGUCAUUGGCAGCAAUAGUUCAAUUGUUCAGCGAAAGUUCUGUUGUACAAAAUGCCAAAGCACUAAAAGAGGCCAAUUUUCAUAUACAGAAGUUGGCAGAGAUAACUUACACUUUUUUAUUGAAAGUUCCCUUUUCGAUGUAGGAAAUGAAGUUGGUUUUGAUUCAAUUGAUGCAAAAGAAGGGAAUAUCAUAGUUUCAUCAACAAACUUUUCGUCAAAUAAAGCGCAAGGAGAACCUGUUGGAUUGCUUGCACAAUUUUUAUAUAAUAAUGACUUUUCAACAACAUUGAAUUACUCCACAGUUGUUAAUAAUUUGGCAACAAAUAGUUCAAUCAUCACAUUUUUUAUCGUGUAUUGGUUGAUACAUGUAAUAUAUUAA